UUGUUGCUCAUUAGUGUAGCUCCUGUAUUACUCUUCUUUAAUCUUAUUUAUUUAUUUAUUUUUAUAUUUAUUCAUCAGGCAACAAUCAUAAUGAUGCAACUACAACAAAGCAGUGAAGUGAAGGAAAAAAGAAUGAAUAAAUAGAUAUAAAAUAAUCAUUAGGCACUUCAUUAACUGCUCCGGUACCUUAUGACUAUGCUUUUAUCAAAAAUUAUUUGGUGAAAAAAAUUUUCAAAAUAAAUAUGGUCUGCCAGAGUGAAGUAAUUUCUCUUUUUAUCAUACGAUUCCGUUAUACCGAUUGUACCUUCUAUCAUAUUUUUGUAUAGACUACAAUUUUAUGUUAGUCAUACACUUACUACCUUCGCCUGCCUACCGCCUAUUUUCUGAGUUUUGGCGUCAGCUUCAUGUAGUUUAGGCACGAGAAACGCGGGCAGGUAAUCUGAUGCCUACAAUAAUACUAUGCACGAACUCUACUUAACACGGAUAUUUUGCUGUGUAAGCAGUUAUCGGAUUGAAACAUAGCGGCAAGUUCAAUAGACUCUUUUUUUCACCUGUAAAUAUUUUCCCAAAUUUUUCCCUUGGAAUACUGAUUAGAAAUUAUUUUAAGAUGUUUAAAAAGCCUUCAACACAUAUUCAUAAUAUUUUGUUUCCGUUCGAUACAUCUUACCAAUGCUCUGAUGACAUCAAUGCUAACAUUCAGAUUUGUUCAAAAAGCUUGUUGCAAAUCCCCUUUUUUCUUCUUUUCAACACAAAUCCUAUUCUGAUAGCUGUAAUCCUGUCAUGUCCCUUUGAUGAUAAAUCAUGCGAAAAAUGAUGAAAAAAGUGUUAAUCCGAAUGUCAAAUCUCCCCCACUAUCACCAGCUUACCGGAAAUUUUUUGAAUUUCCGUUGAGAAGAGAAAAAGUAAGGAAAUGUUGAAAAUAAGCUGCAAUUGGUACACUUCGCCAACGCAUUGCAGCUAGUUAUGCGUGUAAUUUUAAUAUCAUGUGAUUCUAUUUUUUAUGUUUCUCAUUUUUUGUUACAUUGUCACUGUGUGACACCAUUUGCUCUGAAAUUUCUUUUCUUCUUUUUGUUGUAAAAUUCUCUAUCAUUUUCAGUGAUAUAUCAGAAAUGUUACGAUGGUUUCACGUAGAAGACGAGAAGACUUUCCUGUUUGGAAUACAAUUUCGAAAUCGAAAACUGGUCACAUUCUUUGCUCUGGUUCAAUUAGUAGUGGCUUCUGUAUCAUUUGCUCAACACAUUUACUCAGUUGCUCUUUUUAAUAAGAUAUUCUAUUGCUCAUUCAACGAAACUCGUUCCAAUACCGGUCAUUUUCUAUCUCAUGACGUGAUUAUUUUCGACUUUGGUCUUUUCCACGAAUUAAUUAAUGUCCAAGAAUGUAUAGCAAACUAUUUAGACGGUGGCUAUAUGCGGUGUCUAUGGUGUUUCACUCAAAUGAUUGCAUUGACCUUAACAAUAUGGACAACACUAUGUAUACCAAAACCACAUCCUUUACUGUUAUGGCCGAUGUUAAUAAUUCAAAAUGCGUAUUGUUUUGGAUUAGUAAUUUUAACAAUAGCAACGGCAGAUAAGCUCCUGGUUGCCCUGUUCCAUCCUGUUAAUGCUCACCUGAACCUGAUGAUUUUAUAUUUUGCCGUUGGAACAUCAAUCAAUCAUUUCUUUGACUACAUCCUCUGGCACUACUAUUGGUAUGAAGAAUUUCAAUAUAUUGGUAGAACAGGAAAACAUGUGAUUCCCUUUUGGGUGUAGAUUUUAUUUCAACUUUUUGUUUUGUUUCAAACUCAAUUGUCAACGAAAAGCCCCCUUCAUUUUCAUAAUCUCUGGGACAAAAAAUAUUUGUAUAAAAACGGUUACUGUGUUCCACCUCUGCUUCAUCUGAACUAUGUUCUCUGCAUCGAAUAAAAAUUUGUUUAGUUGUU